UCCGCCGCCGCCCCCCCCCCUCUCCCCGCGCGCGCCUCCGUGCGCCUGUCUGUCUGGCAGGCGGCUCCGCCAAGUCUGACCCACGCCAUCGCGGAGUUUUUUGGGGGGCAAGCACGGGAGCAGAUCGGAGGUUUGGUCUCGGUCAAUGUGGGAGCCGAACUCCGCGCUGUCAGGAUCGUUUAUUAAAGGCAGCAAUGGAACGAUUUGAUGUAAAGCCACCUCCUUCCCGGAGCCGUUCAAAGACUGCUUUAUAUGUGACCCCUCAGGAUCGUGUGACUGAAUUUGGCAGUGAACUGUAUGAAGACGGGGGGAAACUCUAUUGCAGUUUUUGCAAUGUAGUCCUGAAUCAUGUCCGCAAGUCUGCAAUCAAUGAUCAUCUGAAAUCCAAAACACACACCAAACGUAAGGGAGAAUUUGAAGAGCAAAGUGUGAGAAAGAAACCACGGACCCUGACUGCCUCUCUGCAGUGCAACAGCUCAACCCAGACAGAGAAACCCAGUGUAGUCCAGGACUUUGUAAAAAUGUUUCUGGAAGCUAGCAUUCCUCUUGAGAAGGCUGAUCACCCCGCUGUACGAGCAUUUCUCUCUCGCCAUGUGAAGAAUGGGAACUCCAUACCCAAGGCCGACCAGUUGAGGAAAAUCUACUUGUCUGACGGGUUUACAAAUCAGCUUAUUAAAUCUGAAGAACACUGAGAGGAAAGCCACUUGGUUCUAGGUGUCAAGUGUUACAAUUGCAUAGCAGUGAUGUGGUUUAUUUUUAUAUUCAUGCACCUGCAAUAGGUUUUGUAUUGUAAAAUGACAAUCUGUCUUGGAAUGCAGUGGUGUACAACCAAGAGUUGAUGGCUAUAGAAUAAGAGAUUGCUGAAUUUGGAAGGGGGGAAGGAGGGGGGCAGGAAGUGGUAAGUAGGUGCCAUAUUGCUUAGUUUGUAAUCCCAGUCCUUAAUACCGUAGAAAACUUCAAUUGUUUCUUUUACAAUAUAUUUGUAAGUGAACAAAUUAAUUAUGGUUGCCCCCAAGUGUUUAAUUUAGGGCUUUAGUACUAAAGAUGUCUUAUAUGUGUCAUAUUUAUUAGGCCCAUGUUCUUUGUAUAAAUUUAUCUUCAAUCUAACUGUAUUUAGAGUUUUUACAGUAUUCUUGAACUUUCAUUUCCAAUGGAGUUGUCACAGUUCUGCUGUGCAAACAGCUAUUCAAAGCUUGCUUUUUUGUUUGAUUCUCUAUAAUUCCAUACAGCAUAAAGUAAUUCACUCUUGCAAAACCCACCUAAGUGCCAAUGCACUUUACAUUGAAGGUAAACCAUAGCACCUGCAUUUAGAUUUUUAUUUCCAUAGACCUCCAUUUGGAUAUAAAUGGACUUCCUGAAAGCAAAAAUGUAUUAGGCACUUGGCAGGAGUAAAGAAUGGUUUUGCAAGGUUUUAAUUAAACUACAAUUAAUCAGAAGAAGCCACAGGCUCCAAUAACAGCAUUAUGUAUUAUAAGCAGUUUCUUAUCAAUGGCAGGGAUUUGCAAAUAACGUCUCUCUCAAAUGUUAUUUUCUGACAUGCUAUUUCUAUUUCUUAAAAUUAGGAAAUAGAAUUGUCCUGAAUAUCAUUUGAAUAUCUAAUACUGUAUGUUUGAACAUUGCUUCAGUUUGGAUCUGUGUAAAUACAUGUCUGAAACAGAUUUGCUGUCAUCCCCUUCUUUACUUAAAUACAUGCUUCCUUUUCUUGUUUGAAAUUCUAUGCUGGGAGCAUAUGAUUAUUGAUAAUUUAACUCUUGAUUAAAAUGUUCUUCAUGUGUUACUUAGCUGCAAGGUAUAAUUUUGCCCAAGUUAAGCAUGUUUAAUUAAAUAGUGCUUAAAUCCUAAUGAUUUAAAUUAUUAUAUAAUACCUGCUAAAUUUUGUUUAAAAAAAGUUAAUGUUCUGAGAUCAUGCCCCAAUUAAUUAAAUUUUACUUUAUAGUAAAUUAGCAAAAGAAGCAGAGCAGUUUCUUAUGACUGCUAUGAUUACAAGUACUACAAUGAAAUGCACACUCCAUUCCAGUGAGGGAAAAUACAAUGGAACUUUUCAUUAUUGAGAUCGUAUUUGAAUUAGAUCAUGCAUUAUUGUCUUAGUCUUGCAUAUUUAUCUUUCUUUGAAUUCAAAUUGAUAGACAGGAAGCUAGGCUGCUACCCUGUUGCACAUUUGAAAUGUCCAUCAAGUUCAUAACAAAGCUUAAAAUUAAUAAAAGUCUAAGCUCUGCUUGGUUUAUUAAAGUCUGGUGCUUAUACAAAUUGUUCUCUGACUUUUUCCAAGGAACUGCUUGGCAUAUUAAAAAUUGUGACUUUCAUCUUUAAUUGACAGAUUUGUGUACAAAAAUUAAGCAGGUCUUUUUUGUAAGAGUGAACCCCAGAAAGAGUCUUCCUAUGGGGUGAGUCAUUAAUAAGUCGUCAUUAAAUUUUUAUCCUUUAAUUUCAGUAGUUUUGUUUGUAAAUAUUAUUAAGUCUGAAUAUCGCCUAAAGUUUCUUCUAAUUUUGGAGGAGCUUCUAGCUUUCUUCACACAAAAAAAAACCAUUUCCUUUUCUACUGUUUGUGCUUUUUUAUUUCUUGUCAAGUUACUCUAAAUUUUGCAAAAAUUUAAAAUUGCUUCAAAUUAUCCAUCAAAGCUUGGGGGCAAAUGAGAUUGUUCUUCCUUAGCUGAACAUUAGUAAGCCUUAAUUUAAUUACCUAUACCUGGAGCACAAUUUCCGUAACAAAGUGCUAGCGUGCAUAAGUCAUAUGGCAGCAUAAACAAGGCCUGCUAAUGGUAUUUUUUGAAUUUCUAAGACUACCAUACUUGUUGAGUUUUAAAAUAUGUCCAUAACUAUAUUAAUUUGCAGAAGUGCAUUUCAAUUUUAUAAACAGGUCUUGUCAUUAUAAAAUUUAGGAUUAGAUGAGUGCCUCUUCCUACAAACUAAGCUCGCUAUAAUAAAUUAAAAUUAGGAAAAUGUCAUAAUUUUUAUGUAGGAUUUUGUUUUUGUUUUGCAGACUGAACGGAUACUUACUUUUGUAGAGAUUUUUCUUUGCUUAUAUAAAGAAAUUUGUCUGUUAGUUUAAAUAGGGGACUGUAAUGCAUUAUCAUCAAUAGAUGUGUAUUUCUUGUCUGCCUCAUUCAUAAAUCUGUUUUGUAUGAAGGUUAGUAACAGAGUGGAGGCCCUGUAUGUAAUGCAAUGGAAAAUGCAUGUUUUAAAUUUCAUAAGAUUAUAUCAUUCUGCUACAUCGCUACUUCCAUUUGCCAUCUUGUACAUUAACAAGGACAUACCAGCAGAAGCCUUCUGUAUGUUUUCUUUUCACUGUUCCAGCUAACGUACAGAAUAGUAGUCCGUGUAUCUUCCCAGGUUUCUCAAAUGGCUUACCACAAAGUGAUUUAUAACUUACUCCAUAGUAAGUUACAUAAGUCUGAAAAGACUGCAGCCUAACAGAGGGAAAAAGUAAAAUUGUCUUAAUCUGCAUGAACAGUAAAAAUCAUGGCAAGAGGCAUAACACUUUUUUUAAAAAAAUCACAAUUUUAAAUGUGCAAAUGAGAUCCAGAGGAGCAAACGAGACCCCUGCUUUUAUUAUUUUAAUAAAAUUUGUGCAUAUACAGUGAACAAGGAAAUCAGUAAUGCUAUCCAACCAAGAUAAUACAAGAUUGUUAAAUCAGAUUUACUGAUCAACUAUAUGGACAGAAAAAGCCAAGGCUGCAGUCUUCUACUUGAGUACUUGAAAGUAACUUGUUUUGGAUUUUCUGUGAAAAGUGCUUCUAAAUAAAUUGCAUAAAAUCAGGCUACAUAAAUGUAAUUUUUAGGCAUAAGGCUAUAUCUGGCAACUUGGUAUUUGUGUUCAAGACAAGCUUGUAUUCAGGUUUUCUUAGAACUGAAGUGGGUGCAUAUGUGCACAUUGUGUGGGAAAGACAAAUGUUAGGGUUUUUGAAAAUAUAUUGAAUGAAACAAUUUUGAUAAUCAUAAUGUUGGAUAUAAGCAUCAGAUUCAAAAUAUCCUGAAUGGGUGAAUAAAGAUACUAAUAAUGGUCUGUUGAAUAUAGACUUAGCUUUACUCCCAGAAGAUCAAUGGAUCUUGGUCAUUGUUUGCUUUUCACAUUAAUUUUAAUAGAAUUUAAGUAUAGCCAAUGAGAAUUAAGCUGCAAUAAAUUUAGAUGAGCUUUCUUCCAUGUGGAACUAUUCUGAAUUGGUCUUCAAAUAUUUGAUGCCUAUCUGAUUAUCGUUUUUUUUUUUAAAAAAAACUAAUUUCUAAUGCCAACUUUCAAGCCUAAUACUGGAUUGAAAAAAAAGUUUAGUUUUUUUCAGUCUAGUUUAUUAUAGAAAGUAUUUCUUUUUCUAGCUAAGGAAUGUUCUUACAACAACAUCCAAAAUUUUAACACUUACAUUUUUGAGAGUUAAUUGAUUGCAACCAUACAAAAUUUAACUGCUAAAUUCUUAACUUAAUUCUGUGUCUCUCUGGUAACAUUUUUUCCUUUGAACAAAAUAAGGAACAUAAUUAUAAUGUAAUAAUUGCAUUUAAUUUAUAGAUGCAUAUUGUAUGAAUAACCUUGCUACCCUUUUUUACUAUUCUAUCUUUGAAUUUGCUGCUAGGUUGAUUUUUCUUUGGUUUGUUUGUUUGGUUUGGUUUUUGGUUUGCUCAUGCAUGUUGAGCAUUCAUUGUCUUUAUGUUUUUAAUGCUCUGUGUUAACUUUACAGAAUAAAACAUUUUAAAGCAAA